UCCUGCCCCUCCCCCUCCUCCCAGUGCUAAAAAUAACCGGGAUGGGGGAGGGGCGGGGCACAGGUGAGUCACGUGAUGGGCGUGGCGCGCUCAGGUGUCCCCUCCCCCCCCAGGUGUGUCCCAGGUGUGUCCCCAGCGCUGUCCUGAGGUCCCCAGGUGUCCCCAGAGACCACUGUGACCAUCCCAGAGACCACCACCAGCACCCCAGGGACCAAAACAACCACCUCAGGGACCUCCACGACCUCCUCAGGGACCUCCAUGAUCUCCUCAGAGACCUUCUCCACCUCAGAGACCACCACGACCACACCAGUGACCACCUCCUCCACCUCAGGAACCUCCACAACCACCCCAGGGUCCACCAUGAGCACCUCUGGGACCAACCCAACCACCUCGAGUACCACCUCUUCCACCUCAGAGACCACCAUGAGCUCCUCAGGGACCACCACAAGCACCCCAGGGACCCAAACAACCAUCUCGGAGACAAACACGACCACCCCAGCAGCCACCACGACCACCUCAGGGACCACCUCCUCCACCUCAGGAACCUCCACGGACAUCCCGGGGACCACCACGACCAC